UUUGACAGUUCGCUCAGCUGUUUUGUUUGUUUGGUUUUGUGUUGUUGCUUCAAAGUGAAGAAAAAACAAAUUUGUUUAUAAAUUUUGUGAAAUUCUGUGUUUUUUUGUGUGUGAAAUAUAUUUGUGCUAUAAUUAUAAAAGAUAAAUAAUAAAAUAUUGCAAAAAUGGAGGGACCAAAAGAAUUAUCAUUAAGUGAAAUACGUAAAUACAUGCUGGACAAUGGUUGUAAAGUAACAAAUCAUGCCUUAGUGAAGCAUUUCAAACGUUUCCUCACACAUCCCGAGACACAAAAUGAAGCUCGUAAAGAAUUUAAAACUUAUGUGAAUAUUUUGGCCACCAUUAAAAAUGAAAACAAUCAGAAAUAUUUAAUUUUGCGUAAGAAAUAUUUAAAUGAAUGUCCGUCUGAGGAUGUAGUGCAACGUGCUGUUUCACAAGCUGGCGGCUCUGAUUCAGUGCCUAGUAGUCCCGGGGGAGUUUCAUUAACUUCAGAUGCUGUGGCUAGUUCUCCUUACCGCCAGCCACCUCCAUACAAACCUCCCCCAGAGUUUUCCUCUCCUCUGGCUAAAAUUUCCCAAACACCAGUCGCUACUGGUGUUGCCGUUCAUACGGAAAACGUUGACAACUAUCGUGAGUGUGUUAAUGAGUUUACCACGGCCAUGUCACGUAUUGACCCUAAACGUCUUGAACGUCAAACUUCUGAAAAUGAACCUCCCACCCCUACACCCCAGGGUGAGGAUAAUAAACGUAAAGAAUUGGAAGAAAAAGCCAAUCGAGAAAAAAGUGUUUCUAGAGCUAAUUCUGUAGAUGAGACCGGUGGUAAUAAGGAAAAUAUUCCACGUUUUUCUUUUUCAUCCGGUUCUUCGGCUACCUCAACUGAUGGUAGUGGUGAGAAAUCAUCGGGUCCCGAUGUGGACACUGAAAAUCCCAUAAGUGUUAAGGAGGCCACGCGUAAAUUUAAUCGAAUGGCAUCGGAGGAAGAGGCGAAAAUUAUUUCACCACCUUCGAAAAAGAAGCCGGAAAAGUUAAUCGAGGAGAAAGAGUUACCCGAGGUAACAUUGGCUCAUCCUAAGGCUAAAGAAUGGAUUGUCUCUAUGGCUAAGGCCAAUUAUCAGGAGUUAGCCAAGUUGGCUAAUGAAUAUCCGGAAUUGGUGAAAUUGCAU